GAGGAGGAAGAGGAAGAAGGAGAAAGAUGAUGAGGAGGAACAGGAAGAAGAGGAAGAAGGAGGAGGAAGGCGAGAGGAAGGCUCCUCCCUCAGCCUCCCCUCCCUCCCUGUCUUUCCGGAGCGAAGGCAAAGCCUUUUAGGGCGGAAUGUAAACAGGAGCAGAGCCCAAGGGGGGAGGGGGCUCUUUUUGGGCAGCCCCCGGGAUCCCCUUCCCCUCUCCUCCUCCUGCUCCUGGGCCCCUGCAUGUGUCCCGAGGGGUCCCCCUGCCCUCCUCCGGGCAGAGGGGGGGUCCAUUCCUGGCCCUGCGGGGCCCCCUGCUGCUCCCUCUCCGGCGUCGCCCUUUUAAGGGGCGCCUUGAAACCGCGCCUGGGCUCCAUGUUUGUAUCAGAAAUCCUGAAGAGGGAACUCCAUGUUGUAACAAAGUUUCCUCCGACGCUGCUUUUUUCCUCCCUCCCCCCUUUUUGUUAUUUUGUUUUUGUUUUGUCCCUCCCCUCCCCCUCCCCUGCCCCUCCCCACCCUUUUAUUCUCCCCCUUUCCCCCUCCCUUUAGUAUUAACACUAUUAUUCACCUUAAUAUUAUUCAACCCCCCCAAAAGAAGAAGAAGAAGCAGCAGCAGCAGCAGAGCCACCACCAGCACCACCCAAACCUGAUUCACUCUUGGGAGGGAGAAAGACUCCCCCAAAUCUGCAGAGGGGCCACUGGAUCCGAAGGGGAGGAAGAGGCAGAGGCAGAGGAGGAGGGUCGGGCAUCCGGGGGCUCAUGGACGGUGGGUCCAUCAUCACCCAGGUCAGCAAGGAGGAGGGCAACGCGCCGCUGCGGGAAAAAGGUGCUCAAAACCCAUCACCUUCCAAGAAGCCUAGGAACCGCAGCAUCUUCCAGUCUCUAUUUUGUUGCCUUUGCCAUGACAACUCAGAGCCUAUCCCUGUCAACAACAAUGCUCCAUUGCUGGUGGAAGAAAAUGGUUCGGUGACCAAGGCCACUGUCAAGUACCUACUGCCAGAAAUCAAGCCUCAAGAUGCCAGCAAAAUCUGUGUCGUCAUUGACUUAGAUGAGACAUUGGUACAUAGCUCUUUUAAGCCAGUGAACAAUGCAGAUUUCAUCAUUCCCGUGGAGAUCGAUGGGGUCAUGCACCAGGUAUAUGUACUAAAGCGACCCCACGUGGAUGAAUUCCUACGACGGAUGGGCGAGCUCUUUGAAUGUGUGCUCUUCACUGCUAGCCUAGCAAAGUAUGCAGAUCCUGUGGCUGACCUGCUGGAUAAGUGGGGGGCUUUUCGGGCCCGUCUCUUCCGUGAGUCUUGUGUCUUCCACCGUGGGAACUACGUCAAAGACCUCAGCCGCCUUGGACGGGACAUGACGCGUAUCAUUAUUGUGGACAAUUCCCCUGCUUCCUAUGUCUUCCACCCUGAUAAUGCUGUGCCUGUGGCUUCGUGGUUUGACAACAUGGCUGACACGGAGCUUCUUGAUCUGUUGCCAUUCUUUGAGAGACUCAGCAAAGUGGAUGAUGUGUAUACAGUGCUAAAGCAGCACCGGACUAGCAGCUAGUGGCUGCAGGGGGAGGGGCUUUGGGCAGGGGGUGAAGGGUGUAUGCCCAUCUCCACUGCUUCCUUCUAUUGAGCAGGACAGCCUGCUCCCCCCCAGCCUACCCCCUGGCAGCCUCAACAAGCAGUGGGGUGCACAGGAAACCCUGUAGGGGACAGCAGAGAGCCCUUGUUCGCAUGGGGCACCAGGACAGGCCCUCAGUCUCUGAGUGUUACCUUGAAUCCCCAAGAGGAAAACUCCUCAAGGCAGUGUUUUAAUGGUUUGUCUCCUUUGUAUUAUGGGCUGUGGGGACCAGGACCUCAGCCCAAUUUUCCCCCUUUGUAUCAAGUUGGACCAAAAAAGUGGUCCUUUCCCCGUCCAACCAAGGUGAAAAUCAGAACUCUGCCUUAUUCCCCAUUCCACAUGUUGGGGAUGGUGCACAAAGACCAGUGAAAGAAACCCACUACAUCUCAUAAAUACUCCCUUCUCCUCCAUGCAUCUUUAUAGGUGUUGUCCUAGAUUUCUUGAAAGGUAGGAGCUAUAGUUGCCUCUGCCAUGUUAUUGGUGGUGGUCACAGACUGACUGGGAAGAUUACAGUUAGAGAGAAGUUGGAGAUGGCAGAACUCAUUCAAGGAGCAAAGGGCUAAAAAAGAUGUAGUGAAAGAGACUUGAAUGUUUAGAGGGAUUUAGCUGCACUUAUAAUGGAGACUAUGUUUCUGUUUCAUAAAAACUCUCCCCUGUUGGUUUGGCCUGAAUUUUGAUGGCCAUAUCUCUCUUAUAGUGUGGACAGCUUAUUUGUAGCGGCUGUAAUGCUGUGUACAGCCAUUAUAAAUAAGUUAUCUCUUUUGGGAUAGAUUAAAUGUGUUGUUCCUCCUUUAAAUAUUUGCUUUCAUGGGGGAAGUUCUCAUAAACAUUCUCAAAUGAGGACCAGGGUGGGAAAUCUGACAUUUUACUUGGUUUUCAAUCACCAACAGAACACAGGACAAGUUUUGGCAGGAGAAGGCAGGGAGGAUUCAUUUUUCACCAAGAAGCAAGAUAAAAUUAGGCCUGUCAGUUUGCCAAUUUGGGAUCAGAUGGUGCCUUCAGUAGUGGGGGAGUGAUCAAUCUAAUGGUUAGAACACCCUAGAGCCCAUCCACAGCUCAAUCUCAGCUUUCCAGCUAACUGGAGGCUCUGUGAUUGGUCAGAGAAGGAGCAGAUAGUUUGUGAUAGCAAACACUACUUCAGUGAUAGGUUGGGGAUAAGGGAAAUAAGAUGGUCCCAUCAAGCCUACUUGAGGUGGUUUCAGGCAGGCUUGAAGAUGGCUGAGAGGAAAGUCAGUAGUGUUGUGAUGUUAGCAUCUAGAACUGCACUAGGCAACUUGUCAUCCUCCAGAUAUUGUAUGACAACAGUUCUCAUGAACAGCAAAGUCAACAUAAUCUGUGCUGAAUAAAGCUGGUAGAUGUCUAGCAGCAUCCGGAGGGCCACAUAUUGCCUGAUCCAAAUCUGGAACAACCAGAUUUGAUCUGAAAUAAAUUCUUAAAAGAAUGGCCAAUGAUAUUGCUCUGCAGUACCGACAGAUUCGCAUUCGAAUUUCCAUCUUCAAUUGCAGUCUUUAAUUUCUCCUACUCCAUCCUCUCUUUGCUCUGAGAUGUUUUCUUCAGCUUUCUUAACUGCCCUCCCAACAAGUAUGACCAGAAAUCAUGUGUCUGCAGGGCUGGACAGGAAGAGGAAGCUGUAUAGGGGAGGCAGGAUCGUCUCUUCCUCUGCCUAUGUAGAUUUUUCUAUUCUGCUGUUGUGCCUUUUAACCCCACCAUCAUCCAGCCUGGGUUAGAUCCAGAACCUGAAAAGCAACUGUUGCUUGUGGGUUAUAGUUAAAAUCCUGGACUUAUGGGAUAUGUGGGGAAAGUGUGCCUUUUAAAAAGGUGGUGGACCUCUUUGUGUCACUGAGAGAGGAUGAAUGCAGUGUGGGAUGGUGCUGGCAGAUGGGGACUCUGUUUUGAUAAUAUUCCAACCACUUCAGGUUCCCAAAAGUGAUUUUUACAGUUAAAAUCAAGAUGGCUGUUCACCUGGUUAGCCAAGUUUCUUCCCCACCUCCCACUUAACAUUGUUGUGAGCCAGAGUGGAACUGUCUUGUUCUUCUACCCAAUCACGUCUACAAAAUAUGGAUUUUGCCUUGGCUUUCUCUCUAAUGGCACCUUAAACACCUUGAAUUUGCCUUACAAUGUCUCUUCUCUGGGUUUAAAAAAACUGAGAAGUCCUUGUGCCUUUUACUAUUGUUCUUGACUUUUUUUGUUAAACAUAUGUGAUGCCACAGAUCUUUAUAGAGCCUUAGCCCAUGUCAGGUUGGAAUGUUUUGAGGAUGGGGCAACCAUUGGCUCUCAGCAGAGGUUUGUUCAGUGGCUGGUGGAUGCAGAGCAAAAAAGGGGCCACUUUGAAUCUUGAUGCCUUGGAGUAACUGAGUUUUUUGUGACACAGAACAAUGUAACACUUAAACCUUACUAAUCUACUAUUGCAGUGAGUCAGGAAUAGUUGAAGUACCUCAUGGCUGCCAGACCUAACUUAACCACACAGGUCCAUUUAGAACCAUGCUCUAUGUCACUUAUGAGGAGAGGAUAUUUAGAAAACUCCUUUAUAUGGGGUUAAAUUCUCCCACAGCUACUGCUGGAUCUGUCCUUCAUGAAUGUAUAGUGUCUGGUUUUUUAAAUUCAUCAAAAUUCAUGUCAUCUUUUGAUAAUAACUAAAGAUGACUCAUGCUUCUUUUUAAAUGAUUCUUUUAAGAGCUGUUAAAAUACUGUGUUUUAAAAAAUAUUUUGAAUGGAAUAAUAAAAACAGCAUUGCUCUAAAAGAAAAAAACCCUCCUGAAUCUCUUCCCAUUUCAAAUUUGAACCAUCAAUGAAGAGAAAGAGAGAGAAAAAGGAAAAAUAACCAAGAGAAAGUAAAGAGACUUUUAAAAUACUUCUCCCAUCUCUCUUCUCCAACCCUACCUCUGUGGCUGGCAUAUUUAUGGCAUUUAUUGAUAGUGCUAUAUGGAAUAAUCCAUAGUCACUCUUAGGAAUGCUUGAGGAAUUUAAAUUUCAAAUUCGUAGAUGAAAUUAUCUGAUCUUAACCUUCUGAACUAAUGUGUAGGACUACAGCAUAGUUUCCACUGGAUUUUGCCUUUCUCUGCUGUCACAGAGUUCUUAGCAGUUUAAACAGUAUCAAGAUACAAUUAAAAUAUGCAGUUUCAAACAGCUUUUUUUUUUAAGUCAUAGACCAAUGUAGAAAUGGAUUGCAAGUAAGGGUAAAAGCAUGUUAAUACAACACAGGGAUAAAUAAUAUUUUUUAAUCCAAUCAAUAUCAGUGUCAAAUUCAAAUUAGAGAUUCUUGUGGCACUUUAAAGACUGAUUCUUAACUGUUUUUACAUCAGCAGACUGACAGAGUUACCAUUUGUGGGAAAGGGGUUAGACUAGAGUCCUGUGUGCAUUUACCUGUUAGCAAAUUUUUCAGACUUAUCUCUAAGAAAAAAAAUACAUUGGAUUGCUCUAAAUUAAUAUCUUGCUUUUUUUUGCCUUGGUAAUCUGUCUGCGUUUCAGUAUGGUAGAAACACCCAUCUACACCUACACAGCAUUUUCCAUUGAAGUAGCUAAAUUUGGCCAGGUUUGUGCCAUCUGAAAUAGAUGUUCUAUAUCAUGGUGUAAGAAUUAACUGUUGGUUUGCUGCACUGAACAUUCAGUGAUUGCUCCAUCCCACCAGCACAGGGAAGCCCUUUCCAUACUAGUUGGGAAUCACGGGUAAUUCAUUCUACAGCUACAAACAAAUUGCUCUGUUUUUUAGGUUCCUCCAGACAUACCUUUUAUUUGAAGGAGUAUUUUUUUAAAACACACACACACAGGAUGCACAAAUGCCCAAAUUCUGACUGGGUGCAGAAUAUGUUAAUUAUUAUAAAUAAUGUAUAAUGUGUAUAUAUUUUAGGGAAAAUGGGGUAGGAGAAACCAGUGGAAUGGGGUUACAUAGCUGUAGUUUUAACAAUGUUCCUGGGAGAUGGAUUUAUAUUUUUUGUGUGUGGUUGGUUGCCAUUAUUCCUGGUAUACAAGGAAAUAUCAUUGAAAUUAUUUUGUUUUCUGAGUUGACACCACUAUUGGAGGGUGGGCAUACUUCCCUUUACCAAAUGCCUGUUGUUUCUCCAAACCCUAUGCCUCAUAUAUGCACUGGGGGGAAGGAAUGAAGUGUUCCAUGUCAUGUUCUCUAGUCUUAGUGUGAAUAGGUUAUAGUUUACCAAAUGUUAACAGUGAGACAUCUUGAAACCUUUCUUCCAUAUUUUGAUUUGUCUUUUUUUUUUUUUCAUCUGCAUCAGAUAUGGAGUAUCAGAUACUGCUCCUUAGAAAGAAAGAGGCUUCCUUUCCUUUUAUGUCAUCUUUCUACAUCUUCUCUGUUUCUAGCCACCCAUUCCUUCUCACUGGAUAUUUGCAGUAGCUCAGUUUGAUUUGUGUGAUCUGAAAUUCCACCUGAUUCCCUAUACAUUUUGUAUCAUCUGUUUCUGUCCAAUCAAUCAAUCACUUUCUUUAUAUUUCCUCAGGAGUAAUAUUUGCUGAGCAAUAGCAAGUCAGUCCCAGCCUUAGAAGGGAGCAGUUCUUUCUCAGAGCUUGUCCUCCAGUCUUUACCAAAAUGCCCUCCUUGAUCUUUCAUUUAAAAAAAAAUCUUAGUGGGGAAAAGAGUGCACAUUCAGGGCUAGUGACCAAAUUUUAAUUAAUUUUAAUUUUAAUUAAAAUAGAUUCCACCUCAGUAUUAGGAAGAACUUCCUGACAGUAAGAGCCAUUGGACAAUGGAGGGUAUAGGAGUCUCCUUCUUUGGAGAUUUUUAAACAGAGGCAGGAUGGCCAUCUGUCAGAGAUGCUUUGAUUGUACAUGGCAGGAUGUUGGACUAUGGAUGGCCCUUGGGGUUUCUUCUGUGAUUUCUUACAUAGUAUUGAAUGAAAAACUCAGCACAUUAUUGGGAAGGUAAGUGCUGAUAACCAUCUCAGUGCCAAUUUGAAAGAGCUGAAAGUUUUUGUACCACAAACCCAAUUUUCUAGUUUGUUAUGCCUAAUUUCUCUCCAGCAGUUGUAUAUGGAGAAGGAUUUGUUCCCCUCUGGCAUCUGUAGAAGCACCUGCUGUGUAUUUCUUGACUACAAGCUGAUCUUUAACUAUGGAGGGGGGGGGAGAUAAUCACAGAUUAAAAGUGCCUUCUCAUGUGAUUUAAACUGUAAAAAUAAUCUUUAAAGAAAAAAAUUACAAACCUGUAA